CUGUAUUUGAUAGAGAGAAAGAGAUAGAAUUAUAUAGAUGGCACCUCGGAUCCGUAGACGUAUCACGAACGCCAAGAGGGAGGAGAUCGAGAAACAGGAAAAGGAGAUUUCUCUGGCCAUUGUUAGACCUUUUGAAAUCCUUUCAAACUUGCCAGUAUCUUUCAAUCCUCCACCCAACGGACAUUAUGAAGAUGUACUUAAACAACCAUUAACAAUCAAGGACACUGGGGUGUUAUACAGGUCCCUAAUGAAGUCAAGAGAAAACUACAUGCAGACUGCACCAAUGUUUAAAUUAUACUGGUUAAAGCUCACUGCACACGCGAAGAAAUUACAACAAAUGGAACUUGAAAACCGGUCUACAAAGGGCAAAAGCACAGAUCCCGUGUUUCAGCGUAAACCAAUCUUAGGCACUGAAGUCAGUGCGAGAGAUGUCAUGGUUAAGCUCUGCGAUGCGGCCAUAGAUCUCGGGCCUCAUACGUUUGAUAUCAGGCUAUUUAUUGCCAAGGAUAAACGAUCUGAUAAGGAUAAAGAGAAACUGAAAGAGGAAAUAAAGCGAGAAAAGGAAAAGGAAAAGGAGAGAUUAAAACUAGAGAAAGAGAAAGAGAAAGCAAAAGAAAAGGAAUCUAGUAAAGGUAAGAAUGAGUUGGGGCAGAAUAGUAUACAAUCUCAAAUUCUGAUGGGUCCACCAACAACCACGCCAAACGCGUCUGCAUCUCCAAAGGUACCUACAACAUCGCCAGCACCUGAUACGCUUUCUUCUACAACAAAUAAUACCGGACCGAGUGAAUCUGGGAAAUCGAUAGAUCCUAAGCAGCAGAGUGAAGUACCACCAUCUACUAUUCAAGCUCAAAGUCCAAACCCUUUAGGGCAACCGAACGAAAAGAGUCCAGAUGUUAAAGAUCGCCCCAGUACAUUCAAGACCAACGCACAAACAACUGCAGAUCCUCUGAAUGCACAAGCAUCGAUAGUAACAGUUAGUCCGAAUCCACCUACUGCCUACGGUAAAAUAGCAAAAACAAAUUCCCCACAAUUCCCCCCGAAAACUUCAUCUCCAUCAUCAUCUACGUCAAAUGUAAUUAAUUCUUCUGAGAAGAUACCCAUUGCUUCACCAAUAAUAUCAACGAGUAAUUCUUCUCAAAUCACAGCCCCAAUUGCUUCGGCACAGACCCCAACACCUAGCUCGAAUGACAGUCAAUCAAUGACGCAGACACCAUCCACCACUACACCUGCCUCUCGCUCACAGGUUGAACCUGCGGCAUUAUCUUCGAAUCCAGCCCAACAGUAUUUACAACCAUCAUCUUCUAGUCAAACUUCUACAGAGCAAGAGAAGUCUUCCCCUUCUGUUAAUCCUCAACCCACUACAUCUUCUCGCCCACAAAUUAACCAGAGACAGUCUCUUCCAGGUCAAUAUACACAGAGCCAUUCUCUGGCUGAUGGAUCUCCUGGUUUGUCCGUCUCUACAUCUCAAACAAGCACUACUCAAGGAACUAAUGGACAAGUACCUCCCCUCAAACCAUUCUCUGCUCAAGUAAAUAGUACACAGGGCCAACAAACUCCAACGUACACAUCGCAAAGUACAACUACUCCAAUUCAAGGACUGGUACCAGGGGGAUAUUCUCUGCAUAGUACUGCUACCAAUAGCACGCAAUCUCUGGGUCCUUUUGGUCAACAAGUUCCAGCCCCUCAAGGUUACCCACCACGGGGUCCGCAAAUUCAAGGACAAAAUAUACAGGGUACACCAGGUCAAGGUUCUUUGGUUCAAGGUCCUCUUAUUCAAGGAACCCCAGUUCAGAGUCUUUCCCUUCAAGGACCCCCCGUCCAGGGACCUGCCCGUCAAGGACCACCUAUCCAAGGACCACCUGUUCAAGGACCACCUGUUCAAGGACCAUCAAAUGCCCCUCCUCCUAGGAGUGAUCCUAAUAAUAUGCAAUCAGCCGAGAAUACUAUCAUGAUUGCGAACUUGAAUGCAAUUGCUAGAGUUGAUCAAUCUCUUAACUCUUUGAUGAAAAUUGUUGCACUGGGAGCCGCGUCACCACAGCAGAUCAUCCGAUUUCAAGGAUAUAUUCAACGUGCAAGAGAGAUGGGUCCACAACCACAUCAUUCACAGCUUCUCAAUAUGAGGCGACCAGCUCCACCACCUCAACCAAAGAAGCCUCCAAAGGAAAAGAGAACUUACAACACAAAAAAGCUGAGUGUUGCCAAAGAACUUAAAUUGACUGCAUUCCAAGAGAAAUAUCUCAAUAAUGCAACAAUUUUGUUUGAAUUUGUGGAUAACCCUAAUGUAAGGUACGCUUUACCUAAGGAUGUUAUUUGCGAGGUCACCAAGGAACCCAAGCCUCCUGUUGAUGAAGAUGACGAGCAAGAAACUGACAUACUCUUAAGUUUCAUAUGGAUUCACAAUCUGAUAGAAGUGGAGAAAUAUGAGGAACAACUUGCCAAAUACGAGGCAGCCGUUAAAGAGCGCGAAGAAGCAGAAGAGGCAAAACGUAAAAAGGAAGAAGAAGAUGCUAAAAAAGAAAAAGAAGAAGAAGAAGAAGCAAGAAGAAAAGCACAAGAAGAUCUCGAAAAGAAUAAAGAAGGAGAAUCUGUCGAAAAUAAUGAAGUUAAAAAGGAGGAGGUUGAAGAAGUUGAGAAGCUGACUCCAAAUUUAAGAGCUAGUCGUACCAAAAGAAAGGCUGCACCACCACCAAAGAAACCUAAACCUCUCAAAAAGCUUGUACCCCCUACUGAGCCUGACAUUAAAUUCACUUGCAUGAGUUUCUCUAUAAGAAAUGUCCCAGGAAGGUUUGUCCCAAUUCUUUUAAAUAGUGCAAAACCAUUGGAGAGUGUUCAGAAAAACAUGUCCAACAUUAUCGCCAAGGGAACCCCGAUGUCCAACUAUUAUUUAUGGUAUCAAGUUGACGGGAAGCAAGAUGAGGCGUUGGCCGAAUCGCUUAGAGUUGAGUUGAACCAAGAAGAAAAGAAAAUGAAUGGUGUUGUAUAUACUUCCAGUUCAGCUGCUGAUGAAGCUAAUAUCAAAAAGAGAAAGCAAAAGGAAGAAAAGGAAGAAAAGCAACGUUUGAAAAAAAUGAAGAAGAUGGAGCAAUUAAAACAGAAAAGUGCUUUGAAAUUGGAACCUGGAUCUAGUGAUGGUACUCCAGUUGCUACUGAUAAAAAUGAUACCACUACAAGUGAACAAAGCCUUGCUAAUGGAAAGGCCCCUAGCACAGAACCUUCACCUGCAUCUGCAGAAGUAACAAGGGAAACAAACGGAACCAGUGAGAGUGGUAAACCAGAAGAAACCUCAUCACUGGUUAUGACAUCAAACCCUCAGACUGAUCUAUUAAGUCAGCUGUCUACUCCACAACCAUUUAUUACCCCAUCGCCUCAAAUCGACACACCAAAAAAGGAGGAGGUACAAUCAGAGUCAGUUCAAGAUUUACACCCCGAGACUCAAUCCCCAAAAAUAGAUCAACAACCAAAGGAUGUUGAACCAAAGGAUAUUGAACCAAAGGAUAUUGAACCAAAACUUGAACAAGGUGAUUCUACUAUAUAGAUAGCUACCUCAUUUUUCGAUUAAUUUAUAGAAUAUCUAUUUUAAAUUUAUACACUUUUACGAAGUAAUGAUAUUUAUAUACACGGGGGAAAAUUGUAAACU